AUGAAUAUUCUUGCUAUAUUUGACGGGAUAAGUGUUGGUCGUGUUGCAUUGGAAAGAGCAUCGAUCAAAGUUGAUAAUUAUUAUCGUGCAGAAAUAGACAAACAUGCAAAUAUUGUUGCAAGUAGUCAUUAUCCAGAUGAUAUUAAUUUUGGUGAUGUUAUUAAAUGGCGUGAAUGGGAUUUAGAUUGGGCUAGUAUUGAUCUAUUGAUCGGUGGUAGCCCAUGUCAGUCAUUUAGUAUAGCUGCAGCGAUAACUGGGAAUAGAAAUGGUUUAGAUGGGAAAAGCGGAUUGUUUUAUAUAUAUCUGGAUAUUUUAAAUCACAUUAAAAGUCUUAAUCCAAAUAUUAGGUUUAUGCUUGAAAAUGUAAAGAUGAAGAAUGAGAGUAAGAAGCAACUAGAUGAAUAUUUGGGAGUUAAGGGUAAAUACUUUAAUUCAGAGCUAGUCUCAUUUCAAAAAAGACCUAGAUAUUACUGGACAAAUUGGGAUUGGGAUUUACCAGUUGAUAAAAAAAUAUCAUUUCAGGACUAUAAACAAGAUGGAGACUUAUCGAAAUAUAAAGUGAAAGAAACACCUAGUCGCAUAAAGAUGUGGAGUAAUGGCAAAGGAAGAAAAAAUGGUUUUGGUGCUUGUGCUAAUGUAACAUAUAGCGAUAAGAUUUACUGUCUUACUACAAAGCAAGACAGAUGCCCUAACAGUGGUUUAAUAGAGUAUGAUGGCUUCUGUCGUUACUUAACCCAAAAUGAGUUAGAAAUAGCCCAAACACUACCAACUGGAUAUACUUCAUGUGUUUCAUACAACCAAGCACAGAAAGUUCUGGGUAACGGAUGGACUGCAGAUGCGAUAGCUCAUAUUUUUAGAGGAAUAGAAUAUUGGUUAGAUGGUAGAGGUUUUGUUCCUAACUUUAUAAGUAGACAAUUUGGUGAAAUAAUUGAUAUUAAAGAUGAAGUUUUAUAUGAUGUUAAUUAUGGAACAAAUUGUCUUGUUGAGACUUUAGCUGGCACUUACUGGAUUUCAACAGAAUGUUUGGAAUUAUCUAAUUAG